AUCGUGGUGAUUACUUCUAUGCGUUUAUCGUUGUUCCUAAGGCGUGGUUUACGUCGACGCCGUAGAAGGUAAGUAGAGGAACAGGAAUAACUAAUACUAGGUGCUGUGUGAUGUAGUUGUUGAUCCUCGACUUCGAGGACAUUGAAGAGCGACUUCGAGUAGUUGAUCCUCGACUUCGAGACACACCAUGAAUGUCUCCGACUCCGCCGCGCUGCAGGCGCACGGCGCGCAGAUGGCAGCGUUGCGGAAUUUCAAGAGCAGUCGAGCAGGGUUCUUUGCGGGAGACGUUGAGACCCCAGCACCGCCACAAGAACCAGAAUUCUACUCCCCUCCUUCGUUCCUGUUAGAGGAUGAAGAUGGAGGUGGCGAUCUUCCUCCUAUAUCGUCCUCGGCGUUGGGGUACGAAGAAGUCAGGGAGCCACGGUUCAUCUACAACACGAAAGCCGAUUCUUCUGCCGUAGGAGACGAGGAGGACGACAGACCUACUAGAAGUACUAACGUUGAUGGCCCUUUCUCACCUGCAUUUGAAGACGUCCUACCACCAGACGACGAAAUUGAGCAUACGACCAGUUUCGAGGACAUCAUGAGCGUGAUAGAGGGAGGUGUCAGUCAAACGGCAAGCAGUUACGGCGAGGACGAUGAAUAUCAGGAGAGAAGUGCUAGUUUGUUUCUUCAUAGGCCUGCAUGGGUAGAGGAAGACAUGGUCGAGGAUGAUUCUGUCGGGUCUAUAGGAGGUGGAUCAAGUUCAAUGACAAGCAACCCAAGUAGUAGGAGAACUCUUCUUGGAGAGACUGAAUCUUCAAGUAGUAUAGCAGAUCGGAUACGCUUGUUCAUCAGACAACGCUGUCACCAGGAGGAGCGUGCUUCGACGACAAGAACUACUGCAUCUCGCCAACAUCCAAAUCAUCCACUUCCCUUCCUGUCUCAUGAAGCAGGUUCUACGCCGACCCCAAGUCUGCCGUCAGAGCAAGUCGCAGCUGCAGUAUCGGCUGAGGCUGUGCUGGGGGCAACAGAUGAUCAUCGUGCUGGACCUUCGAAAAUAUCUUCUACCUCUUCGUGUAGCAGCACGUCGAGUAGGAGUAGUAGCAAAACUAGUACUUACACAAUAACAAGUAGUGGUUCCGCUAGUUUUCACGAAAGUCAAAAUGUGGUGGAUUCUCUCGGAGGCGCAACAUCAACAUCGACUUCACCAACACCUGCGUUGCACAAGGCUAUGUUUCAUCGUAGUAACAAAGCGAAACAGGGGUCAGAAGAACUCUUUUCUGGUAGUUUUAGUGCUGGGGAUGUUGAACAAAAGUCCUCACCAGCAGAAGUACAACACGAAGCAGUAGGAGACCAAGUCCAAGCGCAGCUGCAGACGUCGAAAAUAUCUCCAACAUCAUCCGGGAAUCAUGCCAUGCAGCAACUACAGCUCCAUCUGCAGACAACCAAGACUGCCUCACCACCUCAUAGCACAAGAAACGUUGGGUCUCCCACCCAGCAUACUCGAAUGCAAGUUCUAAAAGUCCGACCACCCUCUGGCAGUACCACGACCACUGGUGCUCGUCUAACAACAUCUGCUGCAACAACCACUUCAGCUGCGCGAGGGCGUCUACGUGCUGAGCAUCAAGAUGUUCUGGGCGACUCGCCAUUCAGCAGAACCGCAAAAUUGAAAGGGAGUUUGUAUAGCGAUGUCGCACGCUCUGCGGGGGCUGCAGGCGGGUCAACGUCUUCUAGAACAUCAAGGGGUAAACGCUCUUUGUCGAGAGCACAGAGGGAGAAAGAAAAGACCUCCCAAAGGACUGUUCAUGAUCCUCGAAACAACUCACAGUCACAGGCACUAGUUGCGGAUGGUAGCAUCAGUGCCAGUAGUAGCAAAUCAUCAACUACCUCUACCUCUUCCGCGAGCAUCGUCGUGGCGUCAACAUCUUCAUUAGUUGCGGAAGACACGACGACAACGCAUGACCAUGAAGUUGCUCAAGAACAAAUUACAGCAGAUUUGGCGAAGCACGACGUCGAGGUGGAAGAAGUCUUUGAUAGGCUCGAAGUAGAUGAGAAGCCUGUAGAACUGAAUUCAUCUUCUUCCGAAAGUGUAGCAAUGCCUGAAGGACACGAGGAGGAGCACCAAGACGACGGUUUCCAAGGCAACAAGUUUCUUGUAGGGGAAAAUGAAGUAGACGGGCAAGUCACAUAUCAAAACGUGAUUUCUCAAGCGUUAGAUCUAGAUCAUUUCUCUCCAGAUGACACGACGCCUAUUACGAAAAACCGAAAUGGUGCAACUAGUUUUGGCGUUCCUCUGGAAGAGCCUGAGCCAAUGCCUCCGCGACGCAAAAACUCACUUGGUUCCAACACUUCCUCUGGCAGUAGAGCUCGAGUGCCCUCAAGUUCAGUGCCACGAAACAGGAAAGGGAAUACAACUUCUAGCACCGCUGGAAGUUUCUCCCCUGCUCCACGUCCAAGAAAAAGCGACAUCAAACAAUGGUGCUCAGUUGCCAGACCAGCUGGGGAAGAGAAGUCUGCCUCUACUUCGUCAAUCAGUACGACUCCGACUGUUGAUCCGUGUAGUUCAUCUUCAUCUGCAUCAGGGUCUACUUCAUCUGCAUCCAGUACUAGUAGCAAGAGGAUGUCGUCAAUAGGUAGAAGUACUACAUCAUCUAGUACUACAGGAGCUGCAUCAAAUAUUAGUGCAAGUCGUCGACAAGGACAACUGAGUUCUACACCAAGCCGUAGUAGCACGCCACCAGUUCCUGGAGGUGGCAAAGGAAACCCGCCAUCGUCUAGUCCACGGUCACCGCCAGCAGCUUCUCCAUCUAGGACAACUCCUUCGUCUGGUUCUGGACAACAUCUCCGAGUAGGAGGAACGAAAAAGCCACCACUGCCAGUUACUAGAGGAACGCCGAAGUCCUCUCCAAAGUCCUCGCCACCUCCAAAAUCUUCGCCAAAAUCGUCACCACCAGUGCCCUCACCAGAAAAACAAGCAGCCACAGACUCAGCGUCUGCAACAGAGCCUAUGCUUGCUCAGGACUCAACACCUUCUUCAAAAAAAACAUCCUCGAAAACCAGUGGUACAAGUGGAAGGGCAAUGGCAAGAAUGUCACCUAGAGCUUCACCAAGCGCCUCACCUAGAGCCUCUCCAAGAGCGUCACCGAAAGCAUCGCCAGAGGCUUCGCCUCGAGCUUCUCCCCGAGCAUCACCGAAAGCUUCUCCAAGAGCUUCUCCAAGAGCGUCUCCAAAAACGGCACCAAAAAGAUCACCAAAAAAAUCACCGAGAACCUCUCCAAAGACAUUCAUCGCGUCACCUAGAAGAAAGGCUCCAAGUGCUGGGAGUGGUUUGUCGGCAAAAGUCAAUCGCGCAAGAGGAGAUAUAGAGGGAGAUCCGUCCUCGCCGAGCAAGAGGAAUUAUCCAGGUAGUAUACUUGCUGCUGCAGCUUCUGGAGCAACAAAUAUUACAACAAAAGGAGAAGCGAAGAGGCAAGCGGAAGAAACACCUCCUAGUGCAGUAGCCCCGUCAGCUGCAACAUCAACUUCAAUAGUAGCAGAAAAACCUCGAAGUGCUGCUUUCUCGCCUCCUUCCUCGAAAAAGCCACAAUAUAUUCGAGCAGGGCAGCAAGAUGAUCGGGACAGACAGGAGAGGAAAAAACGUGAAGGAGCGGCUCCACUGAGAACUCGAACAGGUACUGCUCAACAGGCCUGUUCACCGAGUUCCCCUGCUGUUUUGUCUCCUGGCGUAACUGGUGUGGCACCUCCGCUGCCUCCCCCAGCAUUGGCGGGGUCGCCAUUAUCAUCUUCGCUGGCGGCUCCGUGUCCGACUUUAGGCAUGUCUAACGAUGAGGUGAUAAGUAGUGCUGUUGCAGAGUCAGGCAUAACUACGAGUACGACUUCUACCGAUAUUAGUACUUCUGUUGUUGAGGAAACUAGUUCAGAUCGAAAGUCGUGUCCACGGGGUGCGCGAAAAGAGGACGAUACGUCGUCUGUCGAGGUAGAGGUAGCAGGUGCUUUAUCUAGUUCGAAAGAAGGAGCAGUAGAGACUGAAACCCACCUCCUGGAACAAAAACCACAGGAAAUAUCCGCUUCUUCGACGUUGCUAUCGUCAUCUUCUAGAAAUACGACAUCUUCCUCAAACUCGAUGUUGGCACCAUUGACGAGCGAAGCAGCGCAAGCAGCGCCCUCCUCAACAUCCACUUCAGCAUCGCUUUUCAAAAAUGCCACGAUCAACAGCAUCCUACCAUCUACAAACGCGAUAGGGCUUGUGCCUUUGCAAUUGAGACCGCUGUCAUUAGUGCUGGGCUCUGGUAGUACUGGAACUGGUAGCUCUACUUCUUCUUCUUCUAGCCAACUACAAGGUGGACCACAGGAGUCUGACGUGUCUCCAAGAAAGGGCAGAAAAUUUGGACCUAAAGAUCCCAAUGCAUUGUAUGCCAUAGCACCAUGUGGAAGCACUGCGACUGGUGGCUUGGUCUUUUCUGGUUCUUCCGCGUCCUCCUCAAUGCAGCAGAAGCAAAAUACUACAGGCGGUCUAAUACCUUACAGUGUCGCAAGUGCAGCAGCUGCGGCCGCGGGGCUUCUGCCCAGCGAGAGUGGGAAAGGGGAUGACGAGCAGAAUAGUGCUGGCAACGGGGAACUCCACCUUCAAGCGGAAACUCCACCUUCAAGCGGAAACUCCACUACCACGAUCACGCGUGGAGUCCCGACGAUUCCGCUAGAAAACACAACGCUUUACAAACUGAUGAAAGAACACGCUGAGACCCCGCAGGUGGACCGCUAUAGGGUACCAAUAGCGCCAAGCAAGCGCAUGCCAGGGAGGCAGUUGCGAUUUACGGGGAAAUAUCAGCGAAGUGUGAGCUUUACGGUACUAGAAAUUUACUUCUAGAAUAAUCAUAAAGAAAAACAGCAGUUGUCCUAGUAAAAUGAACUGCGUCCUGGUCGUCCUCUACUUAAUAUUUCAACUUCAAGCAAGAUUAGAGUUAGUGUUUGCUACUGAAACAACUGAAGCCUGUGUCUGAUACUCAAUCUCGUCAAGAACAACAAACAUUUCUUUACAGGUUACCGAUGCAGAUACGGCCGAAGUUGUGCUGACUCUAGACAGAUUUGAGCCAAUGGAUGCAGCCGAGAGAUCAGUACUUUUAGUACUCUCCAUUUUUUGCUGUUGAAAAGUUACAGAAGCAAACACCCUCCUUCGAUAACUACAAAGUCAGAGCCAUACAAUACUUCGUCAUCUCACUCUUUGUACUUGAAUUUAAAUCUGGACCUCAAAUCCCAGCGUUUCCACCACUGGUUGCGUGCGCCGGUGCGAGACCCAGGAUGGGAAAUCAGUCGAACCAAGAAUAUGAACGGACGAAAAGAGCAAAUAACUCCUAUCGAAGACAUUUUGAAAAAUGAGGAGGCGUACAUCUGUGAAGAAGGCAAGAAGGCCCUAGACGAGCGACGAGCAGAAAGGAGGAACUUCUACCUAGCGAUGAAGGUAGGCGGUGCACGCUGUCCCUUGCCACCAUUGAGGGAGGAAGCUGAGCCGGCUAGCAGGAAACCAUCAGGAGGGACCAAGGUUGGAGCUGGACGAGGUACUGGAAGCAAGAUAAAGGAAGACGAAGAGGAGGAUGUUGAAGUUGAAGGAAAAUCAAAGUAG